AUGGCAGCACCGGAAACUAAUUACUCGCAAGGGUACUCCAGGGCUACAAUCUCCAGCCACGCGUCCAGGACUGUGGACACUGACGCGAAUUUCCUGCGGCCCGAGAUUAAGCCUACCGACAUGAUUCUAGAUGUUGGGUGUGGACCUGGGACUAUCACUACCGGGUUCGGUCGUCUCGCAUUCCAAGGUUCAAUUAUCGGGGUCGACAUAUCCGAUCAGGUUUUGGAACAAGCCAGGAAGGCAGCCCACGAUGCUCAGAAAGAGGCGAGCUUGAGCUCAUACUCACUUGCUACUAUCGCUUUCCAGAAUGCAGAUCUUCUUGCAGGCCUUCCAUUCCCUGAUGACACUUUCGACGUAGUGUAUAACUCACAACUCUUCCCUCAUCUUGCGACGGCGGAUAUGCGUGUUAGGGCAUUGGCCGAAAUGCGCCGAGUCAUUAAACCCGGCGGAAUCCUCGCAUCUCGUGAUGCCGCUGAGUUGCAUUUCUAUCCCCGCACUUAUGACCUUGACCGGCUCUGGGCUGGUAAUGCGGUGAAGGCCUUGCGCAAUGGAGAUUCGAAUGCUUGCUGGCCUGGUGGAGACAUGCCAGCGCUGUUUCAACAAGUCGGCUUCGAUGUUGCCGCGGGAAAGGUCAGAGUCGGGGCCGGAACAACAGUUUAUUCGAGUAGAGAGGCGAGGGAGUGGUAUGUCAACGGCAUCUUGGGCAGGCUGGAGCUAGGCGAUACUUUUCGGGAAAGCUGGCGUCGGGUUGGAAUAGACGAACAGACAGUGAAACAAGUGCGAGAUGCGCUCAUUUCCUGGGCUAAAGAUGACAGUGCAUGGUAUGUUGCACUGCAAACUGAAGUUCUAGCGUGGAAGUAG